GAGCGACGGCGCCCGACAAGUCUCGAAGCCGGCGUUUCGCUCGCCUAGCUCUCACCGAGACCGGAUCCAGGAAAUACUAGGCGGGUCUCGGUGGGAGGGACGCGCGGAGGGAGGAGGGAGGAAAGGGGGCGGCGGCAUCGGCUCUCACCGGAUUCGGCCCCGCGCAGCGCGUACCCGAGGGGGGGUCGGGCGGGGAAGCAGUGCCGGCCCGGACCCCCCGCGGGAGCAGACAGCAGGCGCAAGGGCGAGGCGGCGGCUGUGGCUGCGAGCGGGGAGCGGCGGCCGCGGACUGUCUUGAGCCUCUUCAAGUUUUUCACCAUGAAUGAUUGUGUAGGACUGGAUAGGUAUAUUAUUUGAAGUCUCACUGACUGAGAAAUUGGAGAGGGUGAGAUGGGGGGAAGGAGAGACACCUGCAGCACUUCUCCACUCAUAAAGCUUCACCCCUGCAAGUGGGGAUCAGGGUCCUUGUGCAUUGUAAUGCGUGCACUCUACCAGGAUUCCACAAGGAUACCACAUUACUUCUAGUCAUCAUGUCUCCUUAGGCUUUUCUCGGCUGCAACUGUCUCAGCUUUGACUUGUUUUGAUGACCUUGUCAGUUUUGAGGGAAAUAGAUCAGAAAAUGACUGUGGUGUUGGAAGAUCAUUACUAUUGGAAGGCUGGUUAGCAUCGAUUUCUUAAGAAAAACCUGACCACCAUUUCUCUGGCAUGGCGCAAAGCAGUCCACAGCUCGAUAUUCAGGUUCUUCAUGACCUCCGACAACGUUUUCCAGAAAUUCCAGAGGGUGUGGUAUCUCAGUGCAUGUUACAGAAUAAUAACAAUCUGGAAGCCUGUUGCCGAGCACUUUCCCAGGAGAGUAGCAAAUACUUGUAUAUGGAAUACCAUAGUCCAGAGGACAACAGGAUGAAUAGAAACCGCCUUUUGCAUAUUAACCUGGGGAUCCAUUCUCCUAGUAGCUACCAUCCAGGGGAUGGCGUGCAGCUUAAUGGUGGUCGAACACUGGUACAUAGCUCAAGCGAUGGACAUAUUGAUCCACAACACGCAGCGGGUAAACAGCUGAUAUGUUUAGUUCAGGAACCACACUCGGCUCCAGCUGUGGUGGCUGCUACUCCCAGCUAUAAUCCAUUUUUUAUGAAUGAACAGAAUAGAAGUGCAGCUACUCCUCCUUCACAGCCACCUCAACAGCCAUCUUCCAUGCAAACAGGCAUGAACCCUUCUGCUAUGCAAGGACCUUCACCGCCACCUCCACCUCCUUCGUACAUGCACAUACCUCGGUAUAGUACAAAUCCAAUUACUGUUACAGUAUCCCAGAACCUCCCUUCUGGACAGGCUGUACCAAGAGCUUUACAAAUUCUUCCACAAAUUCCAAGCAAUCUCUAUGGGCCUCCUGGUUCUAUUUAUAUUAGACAGACAUCUCAGAGUUCAUCAGGACGACAAACUCCUCAGAGUACACCAUGGCAGUCCUCACCACAGGGCCCAGUUCAUUAUAGCCAACGUCCUUUACCUGUAUAUCCACAUCAGCAGAACUAUCAACCUUCUCAGUAUUCUCCAAAACAGCAGCAGAUCCCUCAGCCUGCUUACCAUUCACCGCCCCCUUCUCAGUGUCCGUCACCCUUCAGCUCACCACAGCAUCAAGUGCAGCCUUCCCAGUUGGGUCACCCGGGCUCCCAUGUCUUUAUGCCACCUAGUCCUUCAACUACUCCACCCCAUCCAUAUCAACAAGGACCUCCAAGCUAUCAGAAACAGGGAAGCCAUUCAGUUGCCUAUCUCCCAUACACAACAUCUAGUUUACCCAAAGGGUCCAUGAAAAAAAUAGAAAUUACAGUCGAACCCUCUCAAAGACCUGGCACAGGAAUUAAUAGAAGCCCUUCGCCUAUUAGUAGUCAACCAUCUCCUCGGAAUCAGCACUCGCUGUAUACAGCCACCACACCACCUUCGAGCUCUCCUUCACGAGGAAUAUCCAGUCAGCCAAAACCUCCAUUUAGUGUUAACCCUGUAUAUAUCACAUAUACACAGCCAACUGGACCUUCAUGUGCCCCAUCACCAUCUCCUCGGAUGAUACCAAACCCAACUACAGUUUUUAAAAUUACUGUAGGCCGAGCAACAACUGAGAAUCUUUUAAAUUUAGUGGACCAAGAAGAGCGUUCUGCUGCCCCCGAACCUAUUCAGCCCAUCUCGGUGAUACCAGGCUCAGGGGGUGAAAAAGGAAGCUAUAAGUAUCAAAGAAGUUCAAGUUCUGGAUCAGAUGACUAUGCCUAUACACAAGCCUUGCUGUUACAUCAGCGAGCAAGGAUGGAGAGGCUAGCAAAACAAUUGAAACUUGAGAAGGAGGAGCUAGAGCGACUGAAGGCAGAAGUUAACAGUAUGGAGCAUGACCUGAUGCAGAGACGGCUCAGAAGGGUCAGCUGUACCACUGCUAUCCCAACGCCUGAGGAAAUGACAAGAUUGAGAAGCAUGAACAGACAACUCCAGAUAAAUGUUGACUGUACACUGAAAGAAGUUGACCUUCUUCAAUCUAGAGGAAACUUUGAUCCAAAAGCCAUGAAUAAUUUUUAUGACAACAUAGAACCUGGCCCAAUUGUACCACCCAAGCCGUCUAAAAAAGACUCUUCAGACCCCUGCACCAUUGAGAGAAAAGCCCGAAGGAUUAGCGUGACCUCCAGAGUACAGGCAGAUGUCCAUGACACCCAGACAGCAGAUGAGCAUCUAGCUGGCUCCAAACACAACCCUCGGACACACCCCCGAGAUGAAGACUACGAAGGGGCUCCGUGGAACUGUGACAGCUGUACCUUCCUGAACCACCCAGCACUAAAUCGCUGUGAGCAGUGUGAGAUGCCACGGUACACCUGAAAGAAGAGCCUGGAGAGCAAACCUUUAAACGCCUACCAGAAGAAAAGGAGACCUCGAGAAUCUGUUCAUCUGCCGGGCCUUUUCAUUUCCGCUCACACAGGGGAGGAGGAAUGGCACUGUAGCAUUUGCACUCUUCUCAAGGAAAAAGGGGGAGGUUUAGUUUUCACCUUAACUCAUUGUGGAGUGAGAGACAAAGGGAUACAAAAAAGUCCACAGAAGUUUAGAGUGCUUCUGUAGAAUCCCAACUGUUCAAAAUUACUGCUGAGUAGCCCAUACUGUAUCAACUAGAACUUUUGGCUCUAGGUGACAUGUGAUAGUUUAUACAGACAAACUGUGAAUUUCCAGAGCAGACUUGCCUGUUCAUAGCUCUCUGGAAACAGGCUGCCCAUGCUCCCUCCCAUUGCUUCCUACUGAAGGGCAGAAAAGGCCAGAGUAUGGUUUUCUUUGGGCAAAAUAAUAAGGGUAUUGAAAUCGCUGCUUAUUUCAGGGGUAAUUUCAAACAUAUACAAGAUGUUUUAAAAUGUGAUUUGUCAGGAAUUAGACAUUGUGCUCUUUGAAAGUACAAUCAGAAGUGGUAAGAACCCUUUUGCUUGUACAAUUCAUCAAGCUGUAUCAACACUGGUAACUAAACCUAAUUAUACCACAUAAUAGAUAUUUUACUGCAUGCUUUUGUUAGGCCACUGAUUUUUAAAAGUAACAAGUCCUUACAAAGUAUGACUUUAUAAAUGACCUUCUCAUCCAACUGUGCUUUGCCAAUAGCACAGUGAAUGUAUGCCAAAUAUAAAUCCAUUCCAAAAUCCAUUUGGAAAUCUUGAACUCUGCUGUGGUUUUAUAAGAAACGUUUGCAGUCCAUAGGGCCUUUUUUUUCCUCCUCCUUCCAAUUUUGUGAUAAAUUAAUGUUUACAGCACAGGUAAUACUUUGUGCCAUAAACCUAAUUUAGCUGAAACAUAAAAAUCAUCAGUUUUAGCUGUUCAGUGAUGAUUUGCACUUAAGUUAAUAAACCAGUGUGAAAGGGUUACAGUUGGCCAAUUUUGCAACGUUGCACACUGUUAAUCUGGGAGGAAAAGAAGCUACUCAAGAACUAUGACUAAGAGAAAGAUGAAUACAGAAGACUUUGAAACUAAACUUUUUAAAGUUGAUACACUGUAUUCAGAGAGAGAACACUGAGUUCAUUUGUGAGGUAGAACUUCAGAGUGAAUAGCUGAAGACACAGAAAAGUAUGUGAGCCAAUAGGGUGCACCACUGGAACAUGACUCAUGGCACGUCUACUUCCAGCCUUUGCCAUGUCUGAGUUUCCUUUUAACUCAAAAUUGGAUUUUGGAAUCUUUCCCUUUUCUUAGGUAAACAAAUAGCAAUAAAAUUAGGUUUUCUUAUCCGAAAGGACUUUUACCUGAGGUUCUACCCACUUAGGACUACCCACUCUCCCAUACGAAGUUCCCCCUACACACACACACUGAGCUGUCAUUGUAUCUAAUUUAGCAGUGAUCUCUGGCAGACCUGGAACAACACGCUGCACUUAACAGCAUCCUGAGACCAAAGGCAUAAUAACUCCGUUUCCCAUCAAAAUCAUGUCACCUUCAACCCACAGCUUUGCAAACAUUUGUUCAUGUAUGGACAAGUCUCUUAAAACAUAUUCACUUGUCUCACAAAGUGUGGUUGUGUGAUUACCCUGAUAAAACAUCUCUCAUACAACUGUGGCAAAACUGUGAAAAUAGGGAGAAAGCAGAUAGGCUCUAAAGCAUUGACCUGAGAACAGCAUUCUUUAAAGGCUUUUUGUAACACUGGUAUCUGUCAGUCCUACUGUUCUGUAAUAUGCCAUUGCCUUUGUAUGGUUUCAUAUUUCUAGUGAUGGUCCACCCCACUUGGUAUUCACAAUUUAGGGGGAAAAUAUAUAUAACUGCUUGGUGUGCUAGCUAAAGGUUUACCAGUAUUCGUAGUGAUAUUUUGAAGUGGCAGCAAUUAACUUGGCAGUUGUCAGUUAAGAAUGAAAAUAGCAUGUAUGAAAACAGUUUGAUGCUUUAUUAAAACCAUAUAGAUGACUUUCAAUCUAUUGCAUGAACAUACAUCCAGGUUACUAAGCUGUUGUCAUACAGUAGAUGCAUGGUUCCAGUCCUUUGGUGAUAUAUCUAGUAAAUCAUUGUUUUCACCUGCCAGGAAAAAUGAGCAAGGAGUCUAUUGGUAGGUGUAGCGAGUGGGGUAUGAGAUGUCAGAGAUUGCUUGCAAGGAAGUUUUCUAUCUGUUCAUUUCUGAUUGUGCACAAGGUUUAGACAUCAACAUGGGCUGUACACAAUUUUUAAAAUAAGAAAAUUAUUUGACACUGAAAAAUGUGAUCUAUUUAACUUUGCCCCAGUUCUUCUAUUAGUUUGAACAUGAACUCACUCAUCUUUGAAGGUGCCUUUUCAAAAGGAUGUCCUGUUUGAAUUGAUAUGUACAAACAAUUGACAUGAGUGGUAGAAUAUAAAUUGCGAUGUUCCUAUGCUCUGCUUUUCCCCCUGUAUUCUUUGAAUCAGUUGAUGAUGCACUUACUGUUUCUGGAAAAAAAAUUU